CUGAGUGCUGACUCUGGGCUGUGAUCCCCAGGUGAGGAGGGGUCUGGGUGUGAACAGGUAUUGUGGGCGUGCUCUGCUGAGUGCUGACUCUGGGCUGUGAGAGCAGAUGACAGGAUGUGCUGACAUGACGCUGCAGGAUCAAGAUGUCUGAAGGAAUAAUGAGCAAAGCGGCCACCAUGGAGAUCCCCAUCAGCAGUAACGGGGUGUCGGGGACAAUCAAUGAGGACGAGAGUCUGGAGCAGGAUCUGCAGCAAGUCAUGGUAUCGGGCCCCAACCUAAACGAGACGAGCAUCGUGUCUGGAGGUUACGGAGGAACCACAGAAGGAAUCAUUCCCACAAGCAGCUUAAAAGGGCCUGCGGUGCAGUUUAACCCCAACUACCUCGGACUGCGUUUCCUGAGUACAGAGGGACAAGGAUCCAUGUCUCAGCCAUCCUCGCACCCUUCACUCACGUCUGAGGAGAUGUCUCGAGGUUUAGCUGUGGAAAAGUUAGACAUGAUGAAGAAGUGGGGAAUCAACACAUAUAAAUGCACUAAACAGUUAAUCUCAGAGCGAUUUGGCCGGGGGUCUCGUACGGUGGACUUGGAGUUGGAGACCCAAAUUGAGCUUCUCAGAGACACUAAGCGAAAGUAUGAAGGGGUCCUGCAGCUGGCCAGAGCCCUGACCGCCCAUUUCUACAACUUGGUGCAGACACAGAGGGCCCUGGGUGACGCCUUCUCUGACCUGAGCCAAAAAUCACCAGAAUUGCAGGAGGAGUUUGGCUACAAUGCCGAGACCCAGAAGCUUCUGUGUAAGAAUGGAGAGACCCUGCUGGGAGCCGUCAACUUCUUUGUGUCCAGUAUCAACACCCUGAUCAACAAAACCAUGGAGGACACGCUAAUGACAGUGAAACUGUACGAGACGGCGAGGUUGGAGUACGAUGCGUACCGGGCUGAUUUGGAGGAGCUGAGUCUGGGGCCACGAGAUGCCGCCACUCUCUGCCGCAUCGAGGUCGCACAGCAAAACUUCCAGGCGCAUCGAAGCAAAUAUGAGAAACUGCGAGGAGAUGUAACUAUCAAGCUGCGCUUCUUACAAGAAAACAAGGUGAAGGUCAUGCACAAGCAGCUUCUCCUCUUCCAUAACGCCAUCUCCUCAUACUUUGCUGGGAAUCAACAGCAGCUGGAAGCUUCACUGCAACAAUUCAACAUCAAGCUAAGCAGCGCAGCCAGCGACAAACCCUCCUGGCUGGAGGAGCAGUGACCACGCCGCUUAUCUCUCUCUUUACGUGUUUGUGAUUGCGUGUGUACUGUAUAUGUAAGUGUUGUGUGCAUGAAGGAUUGUGUGUGACAUUACCGUGUGCUAGUGCGAGCGUCCAUUGUAUGGUCGAUUGUUUCUCAUUUCAUGUGUCUGCAGAUCAGUGUGUCUGAUUGUAUGUCCGACACUCGGUGACCUGCAGAUUGUGGCCAGUCACCAGACCACCAGUAUGAAGCCCAUGAGCAAGGCCUGUGUGGUGCUGGUUAUCUUCUUCUCAUCCGUCCAUUUGUACAUGGCACACAGCAGGUCUUGCUAAUUGGGUUAGCUCAUAGACCUCACCUCUCCUUCCGCAAACUUCCUUUGUCCUUAUAUAUUACAGAACAUGUCCACUAUUUAUUCUUCUGAGCGGUCUUCUCAGCUCUAAAAACCCUGUCACUCCUGCCCUCCGAUUUUCUAGAUAUCCACCCCACUCUUCUACAGACAUCCACUCCACUGCUCUUCAGGUCUCCUCCACUCUUCUACAGACAUCCACUCCACUGCUCUUCAGGUCUCCUCCACUCUUCUACAGACAUCCACUCCACUGCUCUUCAGGUCUCCUCCGCUCUGCACCCCACUCUUCUAUAGACAUCCACUCCACUGCUCUUCAGGUCUCCUCCGCUCUUCACCCCACUAUUCUACGGACAUCCACUCCACUGCUCUUCAGGUCUCCUCCGCUCUGCACCCCACUAUUCUACAGACAUCCACUCCAUUACUCUUCAGGUCUCCUCCACUCUUCUACAGACAUCCACUCCACUGCUCUUCAGGUCUCCUCCACUCUUCUACAGACAUCCACUCCACUGCUCUUCAGGUCUCCUCCACUAUUCUACAGACAUCCACUCCAUUACUCUUCAGGUCUCCUCCGCUCUGCACCCCACUCUUCUACAGACAUCCACUCCACUGCUCUUCGGGUCUCCUCCGCUCUGCACCCCACUAUUCUAUGGACAUCCACUCCACUGCUCUUCAGGUCUCCUCCACUCUACACCCCACUAUUCUACAGACAUCCACUCCACUGCUCUUCAGGUCUCCUCCACUCUUCUACAGACAUCCACUCCACUGCUCUUCAGGUCUCCUCUGCUCUUCUACAGACAUCCACUCCACUGCUCUUCAGGUCUCCUCCGCUCUGCACCCCACUCUUUUACAGACAUCCACUCCACUGCUCUUCAGGUCUCCUCCACUCUACACCCCACUCUUUUACAGACAUCCACUCCACUGCUCUUCAGGUCUCCUCCACUCUACACCCCAUUAUUCUACGGACAUCCACUCCACUGCUCUUCAGGUCUCCUCCGCUCUACACCCCACUAUUCUACAGACAUCCACUCCACUGCUCUUCAGGUCUCCUCCGCUCUACACCUCACUAUGGUACGGACAUCCACUCCACUGCUCUUCAGGUCUCCUCCGCUUUACACCCCACUAUUCUACAGACAUCCACUCCACUGCUCUUCAGGUCUCCUCCGCUCUACACCCCACUAUUCUACAGACAUCCACUCCACUGCUCUUCAGGUCCCCCCCGCUCUGCACCCCAUUCUUUUACAGACAUCCACUCCACUGCUCUUCAGGUCUCCUCCACUCUUCUACAGACAUCCACUCCACUGCUUUUCAGGUCUCCUCCGCUCUACACCCCACUAUGCUACGGACAUUCACUCCACUGCUCUUCAGGUCUCCUGCACUCUUCUACAGACAUCCACUCCACUGCUUUUCAGGUCUCCUCCGCUCUACACCCCACUAUGCUACGGACAUCCACUCCACUGCUCUUCAGGUCUCCUGCACUCUUCUACAGACAUCCACUCCACUGCUCUUUAGGCAUCCUCCGCUCUGCACCCCACUCUUCUACAGACAUCCAUUUCUCUUCAGAUCAUCUAUAGACGUCUGCUAUACGCACUCAUCUUCUGUAGACAUUCGAUCUAAACUCUCCUCUUCUGUAGACAUCCGCUGUAUGCUCUCCUCUUCUGUAGACAUCCGCUGUAUGCUCUCCUCUUCUGUAGACAUCCGCUGUAUGCUCUCCUCUUCUGUAGACAUCCGCUGUAUGCUCUCCUCUUCUGUAGACAUCCGCUGUAUGCUCUCCUCUUCUGUAGACCACUUUACACUCUCCUUUUCUGUAGACAUCCGCUCUACACUCUCCUUUUCUGUAGACGUCUGCUAUACGGUCUCAUGUUCUGUAGACGUCUGCUCUACACUCUCCUCUUCUGUAGACAUCCGCUCUACACUCUCCUCUUCUGUAGACAUCUGCUCUACACUCUCCUCUUCUGUAGACAUCUGCUCUACACUCUCCUCUUCUGUAGACAUCCGCUCUACAUUCUCCUCUUCUGUAGACAUCCGCUCUACACUCCCCUCUUCUGUAGACAUCCGCUCUACGCUCUCCUCUUCUGUCGACAUCCGCUCUACACUCUUCUCUUCUGUCGACAUCCACUCUACACUCUUCUCUUCUGUCGACAUCCGCUCUACACUCCCCUCUUCUGUAGACAUCCGCUCUACACUCCCCUCUUCUGUAGACAUCCGCUCUACACUCUCCUCUUCUGUAGACAUCCGCUCUACACUCUCCUCUUCUGUAGACAUCCGCUCUACAUUCUCCUCUUCUGUAGACAUCCGCUCUACGCUCUCCUCUUCUGUUAUUGUGCAUUGCCUGCAGCACUUCACGCUGGUUCUCUAGCACUUGCUGAUGACAUCCCUCACCACAUCUUUCUGUUGUAUUAUUUUUCCCUCAGCAUUUUCCUUUAAUCAUAAUAGGAGAUUGGAGCGGGCAGGAGUUCUGUAUAUUUCGGGAGGUUGGCUGUAGUUACUAGAGUGGGGAUAUUUGUAUGUCACACUCCCUUUCACAAUGACUGCGGAUGGUGACUGCAGCAUCCUUCUCCGUGUGUGUGAGUGUGCAGCAUGUAGCCCGGAUGUGGUCUAUGUGUCCCAUGACUGAAUGUUUUGUACAACACUACUUCCGAGCAGUGGGUCUGCAGUCCUGUAAGAGGAUGAAUGUGUCUUCAACUACAUUUCAGCGUGUCUGACUCAAUUCCAGUAGUGUAAAAGUUGUGCGCAAGGCCGGUAUCUGCGGGAGUAUUGCAGUAUUACAUGCCCUUAGGGUCCAAUGCUACCCAGAUUCAACCCCUGUGUAAUUAACAUUGGGCCAUGUUCUUGUUACCUGCCCUGUAGUACGAUAACUAUUUAUAAAGACAGAUUGUUCCAUGAGAAAUGUUCGUGGUUGCGACGGUCCUCCUGGGGUCACGUAGGCUGGAAAAAUCAUCUCAACAAGGGGCAUUAGGUUACUGGAACAUUUCUGGAAAUCGGAAUAAAACUAAUGAAGAGUC